UAAAGGCUCCUCCUCCGGCGCGGAGGGGACCCGGCCCCGCCGGUCCGGCCCGAGGGCUGCGCCGGGAGCGCGGCGGGGAGCGCACGGCGGGGCGCGGGGCCGGUGCCCGCAGCCGGGCCGAGAUGAGCCCCCUCCCCGCGGGCAACGGCAGCGCCUGGGGGGGCUCCGGCAACUGCAGCGGGGCCGGCAGCCUGGGCCGGCAGUGGGUGCUGGGGACCGCCAUCAGCCUCACCGUCCUGGUCACCGUGGCCGGGAACUUGCUGGUGAUUGUGGCCAUCGCCAAGACGCCGCGGCUGCAGACCAUGACCAACGUCUUCAUCACCUCGCUGGCGUGCGCCGACCUCAUCAUGGGCUUGCUGGUGGUGCCGCCGGGGGCCACCAUCCUGCUGAGCGGUCACUGGCCCUACGGCACCACGGUGUGCGAGCUGUGGACCUCGCUGGACGUGCUGUGCGUCACGGCCAGCAUCGAGACGCUGUGCGCCAUCGCCGUGGAUCGCUACCUGGCCAUCACCUCCCCGCUGCAGUACGAGGCGCUGGUGACCAAAAGCCGGGCCCGGGCCGUGGUGUGCCUGGUGUGGGCCAUCUCUGCCUUCAUCUCCUUCCUGCCCAUCAUGAACCACUGGUGGCGGGACGGGGCGGACGAGCGGGCGGCGCGCUGCUACGAGGACCCGCGCUGCUGCGACUUUGUCACCAACGUGACCUACGCCAUCGUCUCCUCCACCAUCUCCUUCUACGUGCCCCUGCUCGUCAUGAUCUUCGUCUACGUGCGAGUCUUCGCCGUGGCCUCGCGGCACGUGCAGCUCAUCGGCAAGGACAAGGUGAGGUUCCUGCAGGAGCCGCCCAGCCCCACGGGCAGGAGCAGCCGGCGCAGGCGGCCCUCCCGUCUGCUGGCCAUCAAGGAGCACAAGGCGCUCAAAACCCUGGGCAUCAUCAUGGGCGUCUUCACUCUCUGCUGGCUGCCCUUCUUCGUGGCCAACAUCAUCAAGGUCUUCUGCCGCUCGCUGGUGCCCGACCAGCUCUUUCUCUUCCUCAACUGGCUGGGCUACAUCAACUCGGCCUUCAACCCCAUCAUCUACUGCCGCAGCCCCGACUUCAGGAGCGCCUUCCGCAAGCUGCUGUGCUGCCCGCGCCGCGCCGACCGCCGGCUCCACGCCGUCUCACAGGACCUGCAGCGCUGCCCCUGCGCCUUCAGCCCUCGGGGGGGUCCCGCAGGGGACAGCAAGGCGGCCCCCGGGCGCCCCGGCGAGGACGGCGAGGCUCGGGGCAGCGGCAGCAGAACAGAGGAGACUCCUCUGCCGCAGGGCGGUGGCCACCGGCAGCGGCCCCCGGGCGAGUCCCGGCUGCAGGGCGCGCAGACCUCGCUGUGUUCCCAGCUGCACGAGUAGAUUUGCUGAGGGAGAGACGCCCGCGGGUCCGUCCGACUGACUGAGAGCAGCCGAGAGCCGGGAGGAGAGCGCUUCCCCCGGCCGGGUCAUCGUCGCUCCGGCCUCUCCUCUGCCCGCCUUGGCCGCCACCCUCCCCGGGGACCGGAGCCCGUGGCCAGCCCCGGGCUGCUGCCCGGGUUCGGGCACGUGAGUCCGGAUCAGCCCGGCCACAGCCGCUUUAACCCUCCUUGUGCUGCCCGCCUGGCUCGCUGGGGCUGCGCACCGCGCUCCCGGAUCCCCUCUGUGCCCGCUGCGGGGGGUGGCUGCGGGUCCCUGUCCCCAGCCGAGCCUGCUGGGUGGCACUGUGUCACCUCCCACCCUCUCCUUGCAGGGCCGGGGUUGCAGAAGCAGCGCCGGGGGUGACGGUGCUGGCAGGAGCCUGUGGUGCCUGCACCCACCCGGAGAGGAGGAGGAGGAGGAGGAUCUCCCUUGGGAGCGCUGGUGGUUUGGGACAGCACCAGCUCCUGCGUGCCGUCGCUGCUGGAGACCUGGAGCUGGGGAAAAGCUCUGGAGCUGCUCACCAAGGCGCAGCACAACCUCAGGGAUGUGUGGACAGGGGACAAACUCCCAUCUGGGGUGUUCCUGGCACGGCUGGCAGUGGGAUGUGGAGACUGCCAGCUCUGCUUUCUUGAAGGACAAAGGACCCUGUUGUCCCAGGCUUGGCCAGUUUCGGACAGUCUGCUGAGGAGGAGAGAGGAGCCUCCUGCAGGCUCAAGCCCUUC